AUGGUUGAACAUCAGGAAGACCGCAAGGACCCCGGCACCGUCGAUGUCCUCCCCGACCGGGACGAGGAGAAGAACAUCGACGGCGAUGAGAUCCUCAAGGGUGCUGAGCAGGCCAACGAGGCCGAGCACAAGCUUGGCUUCCUCCAGGGUCUCAAGAAAUACCCCAAGGCCUGCGCCUUCUCCUUCCUCUUCUCAUCUGCCUUGAUCAUGGAGGGUUUCGACAAGGCCUUCAUCACCGCCUUCUUCGCCUUCCCCGCCUUCCAGAAGCGAUAUGGCGAACUUCAAGACACGGGCGAUUACCAGGUGCCUGCCAACCUCCAGGCCGCCAUCGGAAACUGCGUCAACGCCGGUCAGAUCAUUGGUCUUUUGCUCAACGGUCUUCUGGCUGAUUGGUUCGGUUACCGAAUCGUCAUGUUUGGCUGUCUCUUCUUGAUGAUGUGCUUCAUCUUCCUUCAGUUCUUUGCCAGCAGCAUCUACAUGUACCUCGGCGCUGGUCUCCUCCUCGGUGUCCCAUGGGGUGUCUUCCAGACCCUCACCACAACUUAUGCCGCCGAGGUGACCCCCAACGUCCUGCGACCUUACCUCACCAUGUUGGUGUCCAUGUGCUGGAGUAUCGGCUACCUCAUCGGCACCGGAACCCUCCGAGGCUUCCUCUCCAUGGAGGGUCAGUGGGCUUAUAGAAUCCCCUUUGCCAUGCAGUGGAUUCUUCCCAUCCCUCUGGCGAUCGGCAUCUACUUUGCGCCCGAAUCUCCAUGGUGGCUCGUUCGAAAGGGCCGACACGAUGAUGCUGAAAAGUCCCUGCGAAGGCUUCAAUCCAAGGACGGCACCGAGGAGGAAAUUGCCAACUCCAUGUCCCUGAUCAAGUACACCAUCCAGAUUGAGAACGAGCACCGAAGCUCCAGCACAUACAAGGAUCUCUUCCGCAAGAAGAACCUCCGACGCACAGAGAUCACGGUUUUCACAUACGUCGUCCAGGAACUCUGCGUCCCGCUUGUCUCGUAUGUCGUCUACUUCCUGCAGCAAGCUGGUGUUCCCACCUCUGCCUCGUUCAACUUCGGUAUUGGACAGUACGCCAUGGCCAUCGUCGGUGUCAUGAUUGCCUUCUUGGUCACUCCCAAGGUUGGCCGAAGGACCCUGAUUCUCUGUGGAACAACCUUCAUGGCCUCGACGUCCAUCCUCAUCGGUUUCCUGGGUAUUCCAGACACGCUUAAGCAUACCAGGUUUGCCUACGCCAUUGGCAGUAUCCUCCUAAUCGAGUACUUUGUCUUCUUCAUCACCUGCGGUCCCGUCAUCUACACCGUCGUCACCGAGAUUCCCUCUAGCUACCUUCGAAUCAAGAGUGUCGCCAUCGCCCGAGCCGCCUACAACGUCAACGUGCUCAUCUAUGGCCAGCUAGUUCCCCGCAUGGUCCAACGUGCCGCCUGGAACUGGGGAGCCAAGUCUGGUUUUUUCUACGGUGGAAUCAUGUGCAUUGGUCUUACCUGGGUCUUCUUCCGUCUUCCCGAGACCAAGGACCGCACUUUUGCUGAGAUUGAUAUUCUGUUUGAGCAAAAGGUCUCCGCCAGGGACUUCCGAAAGGCCAAGGUCGACUUGACGACCAAGACUGUGACUAUCGACGAGACAAAGUAA